UUUUAUCUUCUCUCAGCCUCAUUCAUUUCACUCAUCGCAUAACCUCAUUACCAUGUCUACCUUCCUUUUCACCUCUGAAUCUGUCGGCGAGGGUCACCCCGACAAGAUCUGCGACCAGGUCUCUGAUGCCAUUCUCGAUGCUUGCUUGGAGCAGGAUCCCAUGUCCAAGGUUGCUUGCGAGACUGCUGCAAAGACCGGUAUGAUCAUGGUUCUUGGAGAGAUCACCACCAAGGCCACUCUUGACUACCAAAAGAUUAUUCGUCAGACCAUCAAGAAUAUUGGUUACGAUGACUCUGAGAAGGGCUUCGAUUACAAGACCUGCAAUGUUCUUGUCGCCAUUGAGCAGCAGUCCCCUGAUAUCUACCAGGGUCUUGUCCAGAGGGGUUUCAACGUUGAGGAUAUUGGAGCCGGUGACCAGGGUAUCAUGUUCGGUUAUGCUACUGAUGAGACUCCCGAACUCAUGCCCUUGACCUUGAUCUUGUCCCACAAGUUGAAUAAGAAGAUGGCUGAUGGUCGUCGCGAUGGAACCCUUCCUUUCCUCCGCCCUGAUUCCAAGACCCAAGUCACCAUCGAGUACAAAAACGAGGGUGGUGCUUUAGUCCCUAUCCGCGUUCACACCGUCGUUAUCUCUGUCCAGCAUUCCGCUGAUGUUGAUAAUGAAACUCUCCGCAAGGCCCUCAAGGAGGAGGUCAUCGAGAAGGUCAUUCCUGCUAAAUACCUCACCCCUGAGACUAUCUAUCACCUUCAGCCCUCUGGCAAGUUCAUCAUUGGUGGUCCUCAGGGCGAUGCCGGUGUUACUGGACGCAAGAUUAUUGUUGACACUUAUGGCGGUCAUGGUGCUCACGGAGGUGGAGCUUUCUCUGGUAAGGACUGGUCCAAGGUCGAUCGCUCUGCUGCUUACACUGGCCGCUGGAUUGCCAAGUCUAUCGUCGCUGCUGGUCUCGCCCGUCGUGCCCUCGUCCAACUCUCGUAUGCUAUUGGUGUCGCUGAACCCACCUCGGUUUUCGUCGACACCUACGGUACCGGGACCAAGUCUGACGCCGAAAUUCUUGAGAUUGUUAAGAAGAACUUUGACCUCCGCCCUGGCGUCAUCGUCAAGCAGUUGGAUCUCUUCAAGCCCAUUUACACCAAGACUGCUUGCUACGGUCAUUUUGGUCGCGAUGAGUUUUCCUGGGAGCAGCCUCGCAAGCUUGAAUUUUAAAGAGUGAACAAAAGGGAAAAGACGUACACGCUGCUUGACUUGUCGUGAUGCAAGAUUAAGCUUUGUGUAUCUGUAUAUGCAAUUGGAUCGAUUGAGAGACCCAAAAAAAUUGAACGUCCUUUUUAUUCAUCAACAGGUGGUUCAACCCAUUUCCUGUUUUACCAAAAAAGAAAAAAAAAA